AUGGCCGGGCGAAUAGUCCGCCUCGACCAGUGCGUCGUGGACAAGAUCGCGGCGGGGGAAGUGGUCCAUCGACCCGCCAGCGCACUCAAAGAGCUUCUAGAGAAUAGCCUCGAUGCUGGUGCCAAGCAAAUCAGUGUUGUGGCGGGACAGGGAGGGAUGAAGUUACUCCAGAUUACAGACGACGGAUGCGGUAUCCGUCGAGAAGACUUGGACAUCGUGUGCGAACGGUUCACCACAAGCAAGCUGCGCAAGUACGAGGACCUGCAAGAGAUUUCUUCUUACGGAUUCCGCGGAGAAGCCCUAUCCAGUGUAUCCCACGUCGCCCAUGUCACGAUUACAUCGAAGACAAAGGAUCAACCUUGUGCUUACCGCGCUCAUUAUCGUGACGGCGUACUCGUAUCAACGACUCCAGGUGGGUCUAAAGACCCUGUUCCGUGUGCAGGCAAGACAGGCACGCAGAUUCUGGUGGAAGACAUGUUUUACAACCUGAGUACGCGAAAACAAGCGCUUAAGAACGUGUCGGAACAGUACCAUCGCGUGCUAGAUGUGAUGCAACGGUACGCGAUUCAGUACGGAGGAAAGGGCACAUCGUUUGUGUGCAAGAAGCAUCGAGAAAACACAUGUGACCUCAACAUUGGCCACAACUGCACUCAGUUGGACGUGAUCAAGUCUGUAUUUGGAUAUUCCGUUGCAACAGACUUGGUGGCUUUCUCCCUUGUCUCGGAUGAGACAUUCAAGACCUCAGGUUACGUUUCCAAUGCCAAUUUCAAUACCAAGAAAAACGUAUUCAUCGUUUUUAUCAACAACAGGCUGGUCGACUGCCCAGCUCUGCGACGAGCGUGCGAGUACACUUACGCGCAGUACCUCCCCAAACACACGUAUCCGUUCGUGUUUCUUUCGAUUGAGAUUCCGCCACACCAUGUCGACGUGAAUGUGCAUCCAACCAAGCGCGAGGUGCAUUUCCUGCAUGAGGAAGCUGUGGUGGAAGCGAUCUCAAGUCACUUAAACGCGCUUCUGCAAGGCGGGAACCAAUCGCGCACGUUCACAGUCCAGCCAGUCACAGCUAUCAUGGCGUCGCACUUGAGCGCGCGCGAGAAAUCGGCAGCGAUUUCAUCCACGUCAUCAUCGGAAGACGACGAAGACAGAAGGGACAUCGAUGAGGACACUCCCAAGAAGAAGCACAAAGCAUUUGACGCGUCGACACCGAAAUUAGUGCAAAUCAGCUUAUCCAAGGCCAAGACCAAAUCCUACGCCCCGAGCAAGGCACCUCAACGCCUCGUUCGGACAGACCACACCACGACUACGAUAGACAAGUACCUGAUGUCCCAAGAAUCUAUGUUGAAUGUCGAAGACGAUCAAGACAACGCCUCUGUCGGCGAAGAGAUCGGUCGCAUGGAAGGCGUUGACGUGGAUUCGAACGAUGAAGAACUGGACCCGAAGAAUCUUACAAGCGUUGUGACGUUGCUGCAUCGCGUGACGUCCAAAACGGACCGGGCACUCACAAAGAUCUUCCGCGAGCACACAUUUGUCGGUAUUGUCGACGACACGUCAUCCGUGAUUCAGCACCAAACUAAGCUAUACCUGGUCAACCACGCGGCGACAAUUGAGUUGCUCAUGUACCAGACCAUACUCCAUCAGUUUGGAUCGCUUGCGACGAUUCCCCUUCACAACUCCCUUCCCAUCACAGAACUGGCAUUGUGUGCACUCAACAAUCCGUCCAAUGGGUUUUUGGACGACGAUGGACCGCACGAUGUCCACGCGAAUGAGAUCGCGAAAUUGUUGACUGAGAAAGGCCCGAUGCUGGCAGAAUACUUUGGACUUCACAUCGAUAUUGAGGGUCAAUUGAAACGCAUCCCACAGAUUCUCCUCAAUCAUGAGCCGCCGCUCCACGCCCUUCCCGAAUUCAUCUUGCGCCUGUAUGAGAUCAAUUGGGAGGAUGAAGAAGAGUGCUUCCACGGCGUGACCACAACACUUGCCAAGUGGUACAGCGACACUGUGUUCCCCGAGGAUGUCACGAAAGCGCGACACGUUGUCGAACACGUGCUGCUUCCAGCUUGCAAGGCUAACUCGUUUGUGGCACCUCAUCGCUUGAACGACGCUGUCACUCCGAUCGCGUGCUUGAAUAACUUGUACAAGAUUUUCGAGCGGUGCUAACUCUGGUGUGUGGAAUCAAGCUGUUUGCCGAUCGGUGGUAGAGCAGUUGCUUUUGAACUGGGUUUUAAUCCACCAGAGGUGGCAUGACGUAUGCAAACUCUUCGUGGCUGAAGGAACAGCUCACCGGACACGAGUAGAUCGCGAUCGUUUGCCAGUCCAUGCCACCGUCCAAGACACGUUUCCCCGGCUGCGGUGAGUCCGUUCGGGACAGGCUCGUCAUGUCGACGGGUUUAACGUAAUUUUCGACUUUCAAAAAGUAAUUGGUAGCUGGCAUGAGCUACAACACAAUGUGGUACUGACAGACUGGAGCGAACGGGCGUGCGUACCUGCAACUCA